AUGCCGAAACCAAAAGGAGACAAGAAGCCUGGCAAAAAGGAUGGCAAGAAUACUCAAAGCCACAUCCGAGCACGCAUUGAUUAUCUACACCAAGCUGCAGUAUAUCUACAAGCGAAAUCUUCAGCGCAACAGAGCCAGAACCAAUCGCAAGCAUUUGAUGCACCUCACCAACAGCCAUCACAAGGCCAGAGGCCCAACACAGCUGUCAAAAAUGAGCCAGAAGACCAGCAGAGAAUGCUCCUGCUCCCAAACAGUCAAAAGAAGCACGAAGAAUCGCUGGACAAUAUCUCCAGGACUUGUGUGUCACAUCUACGUGAUGUAGCAAUGAAAACCCAGAUUCGACUGCCAGUCACACUAAAGCGCUCACUUUGUAAGCGCUGUGCUACACUCCUCACACCUGGAGUUACCUGCUCGCACGAGAUCAGGAACGAAAGUCGCGGCGGCAAGAAACCAUGGGCAGAUGUAUUAAUCGUCCGUUGCCUGCCUUGCGGGGCUGAGAAGCGAUUCCCACAGACUGAAAAACGGUCUAAGAAGCUUAAACAACGCCGCAAGGAGGGGACUACAUUGCCGCUGGAUGAUUCGAGUUUCCCUCUAGCAUCAGGUGGCUGA